CCUCCAAACGCCUCAUCUCCUCCACCAGAGAGAGAGAGAGGAUCAGACAGAGGCAGAGUGGAAGUGACAGAGGAGCAACAUCAGCACCACUGACGAGCAUCUCCCUCACUGGGGGACAGAGGGAGAGGCUGGAAGAGUGAGGAGGAAGGAAAGGAGAGGGAGCAACACAGUGAGAGAAAUAAGUUUGUUCGGUGGAGGAAGGACAAGUGAGGGAGAGCUUGGUGGGUGGCAGUGGGGGACUGCGCUCUCCAUUUUCGGUUUUUCUUUUUCUUUCUGACUGUGAGCGCUGCCUGCCGCUGCUCUCCUCCUCCUCCUCCUCCUCUCCUCCUCCUCCUCCUCUCCUCCUCCUCUCUGCUCCUCUUCUCACCCCGACUCUCCUCUCCCAGCUCCCGCCGUGGGGUCUCAGCUCUCCGUCUCCCUCCCCCCCUCCCUCGCUCCCUACCUCCCCCGAGCCCUGCUGGGAGCCUCCGGGCUGCUGCGCCGCGGGAGGAUGUCUCGCCGGGAGUCGCCGCCUCCAGCCCCGCAGAGGGGCGAGGUGGAGCGCGAGGAGCGACCGGAGCGCGCGGAGCCGCUGUCGGACGCCGAGCGGGAGAUCAUCCAGGACACGUGGGGGCUGGUCUACAAGAACUGCGAGGACGUGGGGGUGUCCGUGCUCAUCAGGUUCUUUGUGAACUUCCCAUCAGCCAAACAGUACUUUAGCCAGUUCCAGGACAUGGAGGAUCCAGAAGAGAUGGAGCGAAGCAGCCAACUACGGCACCAUGCCCGCAGGGUGAUGAACGCCAUCAAUACUGUGGUGGAAAACCUGCACGACCCGGAGAAAGUGUCAUCAGUGCUGGCCCUGGUGGGAAAGGCCCAUGCCAUCAAAUACAAGGUGGAGCCCAUGUAUUUCAAGAUCCUGAGUGGCGUGAUGCUGGAGGUGUUGUCAGAAGAGUUCCCAGAAUUCUUUCCGGCAGAAGUGCAGAUGGUGUGGGCCAAACUGAUGGGGGCCGUGUACUGGCACGUGACCGGGGCCUACACAGAGGUGGGCUGGCUCCAGGUCUCCAGCUCAGCGGUGUAGAUGGUUGGGAAGAAGUGGGGGUAAAGGAGUUUCCAGUGGACUUAAUGAAAUCAAAAAAGGAAAAUUAGGUAUUUGUGAUCAUAUAAACUGCGGAAGUAGUCGAGUGGGUUUGCAAGGGGUCAUGUGAGGAUGGUUUCAUAGACAUGGAUGAGAUUAACGUGGUAAUCCGUGCAACUCCGUACUUUCUUUUUGGUGACAUUUUGGUGCUAAGCCUUCAUUUCUGUGCUGUCUCUGCAUUACACUUCCCAGAGAUCACUUGGAUGCCAAACAAUGUAGCCAGCAGGUUCACGUCAUGUUACUCUCCUAUUAAGGAUUAUGUGAGUGUUGCUUUGGUGUUUGCUUAUAGCCAAGGAGGUGAUCAGUGCUGAUGUUAACUAUCCAGCUCUUCUUCUGUUUAUUCCAGACAAACUGCUACCAAAAACAUAUACAUCACUUCCUCUGUAGCAUGGGAUCUUCCCCAUUUAAGAUCUACCAAGUGCUUAGACGAAGCCAAAGGCUUUAAUGUAUUUUUUAACUAGUCUAUGACAGUCAUUGACCAUUGACCUUUCAUCAAGCUAUGCCUGGCCAGUUACUCGGCCUGUGAAGCUUUCCAGUUCAGCAAGGCACAUUAAGUUUACGCUGGUAACAGAGGUAGGUUGUAGAGAGAGGUUAUAAAUUGAAAUUCUUAGUAAUGUUUGAAACAAUUGACUAGAUACAGAGAUUGACGAAAGCAGGUGCAUCAGUUCUGGCUCACUAUGCCAUUUGCAGUACAAUUGUGGCGAGCAGAUUUCAUCAGUUAAUGCUAUCAUGCUUAUUAAUGUCAGAUGAAAGUUAAAAAUAGGAAUUUCUAUCUCAGACUGACUUUUAAAAGGUUUAAAAACUGGUGAAAUGGUCGUACUCCAUCAUGCUAAAAGACUAAGGCUAAAACUAAACGUCCAUGAUCCAAGAGGAAGAAAUUAAGAUAAAUGAAUUUUGUAUCACAUUGUAGCUGGUGAACCCUAAUAUUAUGGUUAAGUAUGAAAGGCACGGAUCAGAGGAGAACUAUUGUAUUAUAGUAAAGUAUUUUUAAGGUAAAUGAAAUUGAUCAAAUCAACUGGACCUUGCUCCCAUACUGGGGGAAUACAACACAAUGUCUCCAACAUCGAACCCCAAAAAAUAAUGGUUAUUUUGACACUGGCCUACAACAAAGACACCCUUCUCUCCAAACUCUGUAAUGCUGAAAUCAUCACAUGUGCAGACAUCCAAAGCUUGAGAAGCCAUGGCUAGUUACCUAAGGCCCGACUGGACAAUCACUGUUCAGUGUAGGGAUUUGGUGAUCAGUCAGUUGGGGAUGUCAGAAACAGACAUUAAUUCAUCCAACGAUGUUGCGGAUUAUUACUUUAUAGAUUUCAUUUCUGUGGAAACCUGCGAUGAGAGAAGCAUCUUUAUCCGGCUGAGCCGUACAUAUGAAUACACCUCAUGAUAUUUUGAAUUAACAAAUGAUAACACAAGGAAUGAUUUUUAAGAUGUGGGAGGGGGCAGUUAGUUGUUGAAGCCCCGGCUAUGGGACCAUGGAGCUGCUGACUGUUAAUAGAUUCUCUUUGUGUCCUACUACAAUAUAUCCUCAUGUUUAGGGGACCUGUGCCCCUUUCUCUCUUAAUGUCUUGUUUAACUUUACUGAGGUGUUGUUUGUAUUAGUGUACAGUGGGCAAGUGCGCAUACUCUUCUGCCUUUGUUUACAUCUCAUUGGGACGUUGACCUGUUGCUUUGUUAAAGGGGGCUUUUUUUUUCUCAGCCAAAAGUUCUGGACUAGCGGAAAAAAUGCUUUAAGUUGCUUGUUUUUUGCGGCAGAAAAUAUUAGCAGGUGGACACAGAGGGUAACCAUACAUUUAUAGUUUACACACAGACAUGCUAUAAGACCACCUCUGUGCUAAUAUUUACAGGACUGUCAGUUAGUUUACCUCUUCAAAACCCCAUCAGAGAGAUGUGCCGCAUUAGAGGCUCCAUUAAGGGCUUUGGAAUCUCACUCUGGAGCUCUGUGAAGAACAUGUUGGCUUUAGAAGCGCCCUCAGGCUGUUUCUUGAGACUUCUUACCAGUCCAUCCCAAGAAGUGAUAUCCAAAUACAUCCAAAUACAGAUCCAAAUACCAAAUUCAUAAUCAUAAUUGUAAUGCCAAUGCUUUAACCAAUUACUGUACAUACUGACGGACAACGCGUCUCUAUUUCCUCCCUCAAAAAUGAAAGCCAAAGUAUCCCAAUCACAAGUCAAUCGGAUGACAUCUCCAGCCUGUUUUUACAGCAUCAAGUAACAAAUUAAAAUCAACUUCAAACGAACACUUGAACACACAUCAGUGCGCGGCUCAUGAUAUACACUGCAGCCAGGGGGGGUCAUUGAGAUGUUUUGGCUUCACUUUUGAGGAGCUGUCGUGUCGCCCAUCUUAAUAUACUGUACAGCCAUUGGCUCUAACACAAUGGAUGGAUGUUUUUUUUUUUCAUAUUUGACAAGGUGAAUGGUACAAAAUAAUUCCCCCCCCUCAUAUUGAUUCCAUAAACUCUGCAGACAUCAUAUACUGUCAAACUACAUUUCCUUACCUUAGUUAACCUCGCCUUCCUGUCACCGGGGCUUCACUAAGCAGAGUCUUUGGACUGGGUGCGCUGCUGUUUGCAGUCCCCAUCUGCGAGUCUCUGUCCAGUCAAUUCCCAAACAUACGCAGCAAAUCUGUUUAGGAUGGACAUUUGAUCCAAUCUUGAGUUUGCAUCUGCUCCGGUGACGUCCUGUAUCUCCCAUAUGAACCCCUCUUGGCAUCAGCAUCUGGCAUUAAUGAGGAAGUAAUGAGUCUCCUCUUCUCCUCAUCUGCUCAUUCAUCUACUGUAACUUCCCACUGCCUCCUUUAGGGCCGCGUCACUGACAACAAUUAUGAUUGGACAGAUGGUUUUAAAGCCACUACACCAUGGCAGCCAUUCACAACAAUUUUUAUCGACCAGAAAGAAUAUUGGGGAAACUAGUAAGAAGAAAACCGUGCAUUGUAAUAACGUUAUCAAAAAUGGUAACUGUAUGUUUCAUAUUAGUUGUCUAAGUAGUUUCUAUUGUGUUAGUUAAAAUUUACACAGGAAGAUACUCUUGUAUUGACAGUGAACUCGAGAGAAAGAUUUCAUUUUUCUCCAUCACUGUCGAACAUCUUUUCAUUGUGUGUUUGACCUUUUCACAGCAGACAGUUUUUCACUCUUCAAGCACUGGUGGAACUAAAAUAGCGAAGGAUCUGAUCCGGCAAUCAUUACAACGCAGCAAUUAAAAUCUGGAUAUCAAAGGAGUGAAGUAUUAGAUACAGGAGUUUGUCAAGUAAAAAUGUCUGCUGGUCUGUUCAACUUUGCCUUCACUCGGUGUCUUUACCCUUGGUCGUGCGUACGUGCUCUCGCUGUAAUGACUCUGUGUCUCUGUAUGAGAGCCACUGCCUUAGACCAGUGCAAAGUCAUCAGUAAGUAUGUUUCCAUCUCCCUGGUCUCAUGCAGACACUUUGUUCAUAAAAAGACCCAAGAGGGGAAAAAAAGGUGGAAAUAAUCUUCUAUAUAAUAAUAAUAAUAAUCUAAUUCAAACAUUUUACAUUUGGCUGAGAUGGAAAACGUGUGUAUUUUAUCGAUAACCUUAUUUACCCAAUCCCUAAUAUUUGCAUAAAUGCCAUGAAUUUUCUUUUGCUGAUUUUUGCUCUACAUUUGAACGGAGACAAAAAGAUUUAUUGAAAUGGUGACAUUAAAAAUCUCCUGUCGAAUAUCAUUAUAGUUGAAGGCACAAUGUUGGACAAGAACAGCUAUCAUGUGUUUUUAAAUCUCAUUAUCACAUGUUGAGUUUAGUUCCCUUGAGAUAACAAGAUAAUUAACCUGAAUUAAUUAUCAUGAGAUAACAAGAUAACUUAUGAUCCUUAAAUGGCAUGAUAAAAAAAAGAAUAAUAGCCACUUACAUCCAACUCUUGCAGAAGUUUAUGAAAAGCUCCCAUUAAACAAGUUCUCUCAACUUGAACUGGAGGGUCGUAAGCAUGUGUUACUCAAUGAAAAGACAUACAAGUGGAAAGAAAUACACACAGGAUUCAAACAAACCUCAAGCUGAACUAUUUCCACUUUGGAUCAAAUAGAUCUGGAGGCAGUAAAGCUGUUGUCAGUCAAGGAUCCGUUUAAAAAUACACAUCAGUCCUGUUCUUUGCCCGUCUCUUGACGUCCCCAUCUCUCUGAGGUCAAAAACAACCUAAUUUUCCCAAAACACCAUCACUCUGUAAGGUCUACAACUCAAACAUUUUGUACCUGUAUGCAAACAAGUACACAUAAAUGCACAGACACAUACAAUUAUGUGAAGAUACUGAACAUCCCAAUCACUUUCACUAAAUUUAUCACUUUUCUCAAACAUUUGGUCUGGCACACCAUCUGACGAGUUGGGAAUGUCCUUACUACUCUCUCGCAUACUACAGCUUUCCUUUGCUCAUUCAUUUAAUUUCACACUCAUUCUCUUCCAGCAAAUAAGGGCGUCACAGCAUAUGGGGAACUAUGUUUUUGUUGUGAAACGUUUCUGUCUAUCAGUUGAAAAUUUAGGACUUUAUAUUUUUCUAAAUAUAUCUAUGAGAAUCUAUGUAUUUGAAUACUGUAUAUGAAUAUGUCAUUGUAUACCGCGUUGUUGGUGGGAGCGAGUGCAGUGGCUUUGUAGUGUUUUGAGCAUGUUUGCACAGCCUAGCACAAACUUGUAUCUUUGCAGACCUGGUGAAAAGGAAUCAUGACCCAUCAAUAAAAUAUACUUGCAAAUUUG